GCACCAGGACUAGUGAUGGUAAUGGUUAGUGUGAGGUGCUCAUAUCUCUGCACAUUCCUUUCUGUGUGCGACACGUUCUCCUGCAGCAGUGAUAACGCUCGAGUGUUUCUAAAUGGGGAAGCGUCUCUGAUAAGGUCUGUUCCUGAGCAGAAGCUGGUCAGUCAGGCUGAAGCGUCGCUCCGGUCAGCUGUGUCCAGUGCUGAGCUCUGAGUUUGUGUUUCAGUCAUGUCUACCGCUGAGGAAACUGCUGGACAGAUGGACAGAGGUGUGGAACCGGCCGCUGAGGAUUCUCCAGCAUCUGUCACAGCCGAUCAAGGUCCUCAUCCAUGUUCUGAUCCAAAACCUGAUCCGAGAUCUGAUCGGAAUCCUGAUCCGAGUUCUGAUCCGAAUCCUGUUCCAAAACCUGAUCUGAAUCCUGAUCCAAAACCUGAAACGAGUUCUGAUCUGAAUCCUGAUCCAAAACCUGAUCUGAAUCCUGAUCCAAAACCUGAGCCGAGUUCUGAUCUGGAUCCUGAUCCAAAACCUGAUCUGAAUCCUGAUCCAAAACCUGAACCGAGUUCUGAUCUGAAUCCUGAUCCAAAACCUGAUCCAAGAUAUGAUCGGAAUCCUGAUCCGAGUUCUGAUCUGAAUAAUGAUCCAAAACCUGAACUAAGUUCUGAUCUGAAUCCUGAUCCAAAACCUGAUCUGAAUCCUGAUCGGAUUUCUGAUCUGAAUCCUGAUCCGAGUCCUGAUCUGAAACCUGAUUCGAGUCCUCAUCCAAAACCUGAUCUGAAUCCUGAUCGGAUUUCUGAUCUGAAUCCUGAUCCGAGUCCUGAUCUGAAACCUGAUUCGAGUCCUCAUCCAAAACCUGAUCUGACUUCUGAUAUGAAUCCUGAUCUGAGUCCUGAUCCAAAAUCUGAAUCGACUUCUGAUCUUAAUACUGAUCUGACUUCUGAUCUGAAUCCUGAUCCGACUUCUGAUCUGAAUACUGAUCCGACUUCUGAUCUGAAUACUGACCCUAAUCCUGGUUCAAAAUCUGAUUCGACUUCUGAUCUGAAUCCUGAUUCAACUUCUGAUCUGAAUACUGAUCCGAGUCCUGAUCCAAAAUCUGAUUCGACUUCUGAUCUGAAUCCUGAUCCGACUUCUGAUCUGAAUCCUGAUUCGACUUCUGAUCCGAUUUCUGAUCUGAAUCCUGAUCCAACUUCUGAUCUGAAUCCUGAUCCGAUUUCUGAUCUGAAUCCUGAUCCGAGUCCUGAUCCAAAACCUGAUCCGACUUCUGAUCUGAACCCUGAUCCGAAUCCUGAUCUGAUUCCUGAACCAAGCUCAGCAACCCAUGAGGUCACACACACAGAUGAUGGAGGAGGGAGUGUCUCUUCAUCUCUCAGUGAGAGGAAGAAUACCAAUGGCAGGAAGAAGCUGCUGAACGGUGUGUGCUCGUGUGUCCCUGAAACAUUAGAGAUUCUACACGCUAAACACGCCUCAGAGCUGUACAGCGAGAUGCUGUACCGUGAGGACGGACGCAGGGAUCUGUGUGUCAGUCUGUACUCACUGAUGCCCGACACACCAGACACAGAGUUCGCUAGAGAGAUGAGCGAUCUUCAGAGUGAGGUCAGAUAUAAAGAGGACGGGAGGAAGAAACUGUCGUGUAGUCUGUACUCUCAGCUGGCCGACACAACUGACACGCAACACGCCAAACGCAUGACGGAUGUGCAGAGCGACAAUAAAUACAAAGAAGCUGGCAGAAAAAACACUUCCACAUGUCUUUACUCACAACUGCCUGAAACCCUGGAGACUCAACACGCUAAAGAAGCGUACCAGCUACAGAGCCAGGUGACGUAUAAGGAGGGUCAGACGUGUGCGUCCAGCUCUCUGUUCUCCACGCUGGCCGACACGCCGGAGAUUCAGUCCGCUCGAGAGAUCACAGAGACCAUCAGCGAGAAUAAAUACCGCGAGCAGAGCAGGAAGAGCAUCAGCAGCUGCAUUUACUCUCAGCUUCCUGAAACUCCAGAGACUGAGUUCAGCAGGAGCGUCUCUGAGCUGCAGAGUCAGGUGAAGUAUAAGGAGGCCAGUAAGCAGCAGAUGAGCAGAUCUCUGUACCAUCAGCUCCCAGAGACUCCAGAAACUCAACACGCUCGAGACGCCUCUCACAUCCAGAGCCAGCUGAAGUACAGGCAGGGCCGGGCGUCUGUGAUGGGCAGUAGUUUGUUCUCGCUGAUGACGGAGACGCCGCAGAACGAGUUUGUGAAGCAGCAGAUGGAGCUCCAGAGUGAGCUGAAGUAUAAAGCUGAGGUGAAGGAAAACUCCAGUAAUCUGUACUCGCUCAUGCCCGAGACGCUGGACACGCAGUUCGCCAAACACACUGCGGAGUUACAGAGUGACGUGAAGUAUAAGGAGGCCAGUAAGCAGCAGAUGAGCAGAUCUCUGUACCAUCAGCUCCCAGAGACUCCAGAAACUCAACACGCUCGAGACGCCUCUCACAUCCAGAGCCAGGUGGCCUAUAAAGGCAUCAGGAAGGGCGAUUUCUCUGGUUCCUCCUUCACUGUGGUCCCCGACUCGGCAGAGAUGAAGUUCGUUCAGCAGAUCUCGCACAUGCUCAGUGAGAAAGAGUACCGUGAGGAGGGCCGGAGGAACUUCUCAUCCAGUGUUUACUCUCAGCUGGGCGACACUCCAGAGACUCAGUUCAUCAGAUCAGUGUCUGACCUGCAGAGCGAGGUGAAAUACAAGGCGUCUGGGAAGCAGCAAGUGAGCGACUCGCUGUACGCCACACUGCCAGAGACGCUGGACACGCAACAUGCUAAACACGCCACCGCCAUCAUCAGUGAGGUGAAGUACAAAGAGGACGGCAGACAGAGUUUGUCCAGUCCAUUAUUCACUCGACUGCCAGAGACGCUGCAGACACAGACGGCCAGAGAGAUCGCAGACGCACAGAGCAACGUCAGAUAUAAGCAGAAGAAUGAUCAGGUCAGUCUGUAUUCACUCCUGCCGCAAACCGCAGACACAGAGUUCGCCAAACACAUGAGCGACGUCCAGAGUGAGCUUCAGUACAAGCAGGAGGGUAAGAAGGAAGCGGAGAGCAAUCUGUACAGCCUGAUGCCACAGACGCUCGAGACUGAACACGCUAAAGACGCCUAUGAGUUGCAGAGUCAGGUUAAAUAUAAAGAGAAGAACAGAACAGAUGCAUCUCUUUACGCCUGUCUGCCCGAGACUCAGGACACGGAACACGCCAAACACGCCGGAGAGCUGCGCAGUGAGCUGAAGUAUAAAGAGGCUGUGAAGAAUGAUCUGUCCUCACCACUGUACUCACAGAUGAGUGACACUGCAGAAAUCCAGCGGCUCCGAGAUCUCACUGCACUGCAGAGUCAGGUUCAGUAUAAGACUGAAGGACAGAAGCUCUUGAGCUCCAGUGUUUAUUCUCAGAUGGCAGAGACUCCAGAGACACAGUUCAUGAAGACAGUGACUGAACUCCAGAGCGAUGUGAAGUAUAAGGAGGCCAGUAAGCAGCAGAUGAGCAGAUCUCUGUACCAUCAGCUCCCAGAGACUCCAGAAACUCAACACGCUCGAGACGCCUCUCACAUCCAGAGCCAGGUGAAGUAUAAAGAGAAGGUAAACUCCUCGUCUCUUUACUCGCGUCUGCCGGAGACGUCAGAGACUCGACUGGCCAGAGAGCUGACAGAUGUCUGCAGCGAGGUCAGAUACAAAGAGGACGGGAGGAGGGACGUGUCGUCGUGUCUGUACUCACAUCUGCCCGAGACGCCGGAGACACAGUUCGCCAAACAGCAGACUGAGCUCCAGAGCCAGAAUCAGUACCGGAGAGAGACGCAGGAGGAUCUGUCUCACUGUCUGUACUCACAGCUGCCCGAGACGCUGCACACACAGUUUGUGAAGGAGCUGACGCCGCUCAUCAGUGAGAGCAAAUACAGAGAGUCUGGGAAGAAGGAGAGCAGCACGUGUCUGUAUCACACGCUCCCAGAAACCAAAGACACGCAACACGCCAGAGACGCCACACAGAUCCAGAGCGAGGUCAGAUAUAAAGAAGGGAAGAGUCUGCAGUCGUGCAGUGUUUACUCUCAGCUGCCGCAGACGCCGCAGACUCAGCUCGCUGCCAGAGUCUCUGAGCUUCAGAGCGAUAAUAAAUACAGAGAGGACGGCAGGAGGAGCAUCUCCAGCUGCCUGUAUUCUCAGCUGUCCGAGACGCCAGAGACGCAGUUUGUCCGAACAGUGACCGACCUGCAGAGCGACAGUAAAUAUAAAGAGGCAGGAAGGAAGCAGGCGUCCGGUGCUCUGUAUUCUCUGCUGCCGGAGACUCUGGAGACUCAACACGCCAAAGACGCCACGGACCUCCUGAGUCAGAUGAAAUACAAGGAGGAGGCGAAGAAAGAGGCUUCUGUCAGUCUGUACACUCUUCUGCCAGAGACGACUGAGACUCGGCACGCCAAACACGCCUCUGAACUCCUGAGCGAGAAUAAGUACAAGCGGAGCAGUAAACAGGAGAACAGCAGCAGUAUUUACUCUCAAAUGCCACAAACACAGGAAACACAGUUUGCCAAACAGAUGGCGGAGCUUCAGAGUGAUAAUCAGUACCGGAGAGAGACGCAGGAGGAUCUGUCUCACUGUCUGUACUCACAGCUGCCCGAGACGCUGCACACACAGUUUGUGAAGGAGCUGACGCCGCUCAUCAGUGAGAAUAAAUAUAAGGAGGAUGGAAAGAAGGAGCUGCAGAAGUGUCUGUAUGCCCAUCUGCCAGAAACCAGUGAAACACAACACGCCCGAGAGCUGACACAACUCUACAGUCAGAAGAGCUAUAGAGACUCUCUGGACGCUCAGGUGUGUUUGUACGCUCAGAUGCCACAGACAAUUGAGACAGUGUUCGCUAAAGAAGUGUCCAAACAACAGAGUGAUAAACUCUAUAAAGAGAAGUUUAACUCAGAGAAAGGCAAAUCAAAUUACUCACAGAUGAAGGAUCUGCCGGACGUCACACACGCCAUACAGGUCAACAAACACCAGAGUAACGUGGCGUAUCGCCGAGGGAAAGAGGAGCUUCAUAAAUUCAGCGAGGUGAUGGACAGACCUGACAUCCGGAACGCCACACACGCCAGUAAACUCGCCAGUGACGUGGCCUACAGAAGUAAAGUGGACGUGUUUGACCAGCGAGCACUGCUGGAGCGACCCGACAUACAACAUGCCCAAGAAGCUGCGCGACUGGCCAGUCAGGUCAACUACAAGCAGAAGUUUGAGAAGAAUCUGAGAGAACAGAAGCCACAGUAUAACCCCAGCGAGUGUGUGAGCUUCAGACACACACAGGCCGCGUCGGCUCUGGCCAGUCAGGUGAAGUACAGUCAGAAGAAGCUGCAGGCCGUCACUGAUUUACCAAACCUGCUUCAUCUGGGUCACGUGCUCCACGCCAGCAAACUACAGAGCAACGUGGAGUACAGGAAGAAGUAUGAGGAGUCUAAGGGGCACUACCUCCUCGCUCUUGACACAGCUGAACAGCGCCACCAUCAGGAGAACGCUGUGCUGCACAGUCAGUGGAAAUAUAAAGAGGAAUAUGAGAAGAACCGAGGGAAGUCACAGAUGGAGUUUGGGGACACACAGAUGUAUAAAGUGUCAAAGGAAGCUCAGAAGAUGCAAAGCGAGAAGGAGUAUCGUAAGGAGUAUGAGAGCCAGAUGAAAGGCAAGGUUCUGCUGGAGGUGGAUCUGACGCCGGCGUAUCUAUCGGCUCGUUACGCCAGCAGCCUCGUCAGUGAGAAGGAGUAUCGUAAGAAUCUGGAACAGGAAGUGAAAGGGAAAAGCCUGACAGGUCUGGAGGAAACACCAGAUCUGCUUCGGGUGAAAAACGCUGGACACAUUCUGAGUGAGAAGGAGUAUCGUAAGGAUCUGGAGAGUGAGAUCAGAGGGAAGGGAACCGACGUCACAGCAGAUAGCCUGGAGAUCCAGAGAGCAAAGAAAGCAUCUGAGAUCAGCAGCGACGUGUCGUACAGACAGGCGUCUCAGCACAGAGAAUCGUCAUUCAGCACGGUGACAGACACACCUGCGCUGCUGCACGCUGCUUACCUGAGAGACGUCUACAGUCAGAAGAAGUACCGUGGUGACAUGGAGCGUCUGAAGAGCUUGUGUUCUGCCGCAUCAGACACACCAGAGAUCCAGAGAGUGAAGAAUAACCAGCGCAACAUCAGCGCACUCUUCUACACAUGGGACUCACGGCUGAUGAAGGGUCUGAUGUCAGCGGUCACUGACUCUCCAGAAAUCAAGCUGGCACGAGAAAACACCAAGAACAUCAGUGACGUUCAGUACAGAGAGUCUGUCGGAUCCGGAACAGCUGUGACUGACACUCCUGAGAUGGAGCGCGUGCGCAGGAACCAGCACAACAUCAGCGACGCCAAAUAUAAGAAAGCGGUCGAUCCGGUCAGUGUGGGAGUGACACCAGAGCUGGAGCGGGUCAAACAGAACCAGCAGAACAUCAGCACGGUGCAGUACCAGCGCAGUUUGAAGGAGGUCAAAGGUCACUCCUGCUCAGAGCUGGAUACGCCUGAAAUGAGGCGUGUGCGGAAGUCUCAGGACGCUGUUUCCAUGGCGAAGUAUCACGAGGAGUUCGAGCGCUCGCGGGGUCGAGGGGCCACACACACCCUCGAUGAGCAGCACAUGGCACGUCUCCAUGGAGACCAGCUGAUGGGCACCGGCGACGGUUACCAUGGCGUCCAGCCGCAGGUGGUUGAGAUGGACCGCAGAUCAGCAGGAGCCUCUGAGCUGAAGGUCUGGAGGACUGAUCCGGGAUCCAUCUUUGACUUUGAUCCAGUGGAGGACAAUAUUCAGUCUAAAAGCCUGCGCAGGAUGACGGAGCGUGUCAGCCGUGGCCCCCAGCGAUCGCUGUGCAGUUCUCCAGGCUCAGAGCUCUGGGGCGAUCGCAGUGUGUCCGUCUGCAGCAGCACUUCUGCACUGCAGGACCGAUCCGCUUCAGGUGUGUACCAGCAUCACUCCCAUCCUCCUCAGCAGGGAUACGGACACAGCGGUCAGUCUCCUCCACACUCGACCUCCACGCAGAGGGUGUACCGGGCACUGUAUGAUUACGCCGCUCAGGAUCACGACGAGGUCUCCUUCCGUGACGGUGAUGUGAUCAUUAAUGCGCAGCCCAUCGAUGAGGGAUGGAUGUUCGGCACGGUCCAGCGCACCGGAAAGUCUGGCAUGCUUCCGGCCAACUACGUGCAGUGUUUGAACUGAGAUCAUCAUUCACACAUGACCCUCACCUCCAGCGUCUCGCUUCUGACCCUAACGGCCUUCCAUAAGCA